AUGAGCACGACCACUCAAAUCCCUAGCCCAGCUCAUAUGCUUGCGGAUUCCAUGUUGUCCCGACACUUCGGCAAAGAGACGGUGAAUUACUUCUCCAGCUCUCCAAUCAACCGUUUAUCGUUCUUACGCUCUGACCAUCCGUUCCUGUCUGCGGCUCUGAAGCACCCUUCGGCCCGAUUUGUACUGUUGAACAACCUAGCCCCCUUGACUCCGUCGCCAGCACAGCUACACUAUGCCAAGUAUGACGAUGUGCGGAAUCUUGUGCCCCGGGAUACUUUCGAUACAUCUGAGGAAGACAUGAUCAAGAACUAUGAUUCGCGCAAGACACACCCGACCCUUAUAUUCCUCGGAUUGGACGAGAGCCGUAAGGAAGAAGGUAUGGCGUGGAAGAUUUACUCGGGCACACCGUAUUUUGCAGUCGAUGUGACCCCCAAGGGUCCUGAAGAACAGCAGACUGCAGCAAAGGAUGUGAUCAGCGUCAUGGAGGCGAAGGGACUGUCUUUCUUCCAGGCGCGAGUUGUUAUGUCCUUCUCGGCAGAUGAAGCUGCUAUCUACGCACAGGCACGUGCACUGACGGACUGGAAUACUCGCAACACCUUCUGUGGGACAUGCGGCCACCGCACUCUGCCCGUGAAUGCAGGAACCAAGCGCGCUUGUCCGCCAACGGAUAUUGCACGAGCAACUGAGGGCAAUACGGAACAACGGCCGGAGUGCAAUACCCGUACUACGCUGUCAAACCUUUGCUUCCCCCGUACCGAUCCGACUAUCAUUGUGGCGGUGGUUUCCGCUGACGGCAAGCGGAUCCUGCUCGGGCGCUCCAAGCGAUUCCCGCCAGGGUGGUAUUCCACCUUGGCUGGAUUCAUUGAGCCAGCCGAGUCGAUUGAGGAUGCUGUGCGGAGAGAGGUAUGGGAGGAAUCGGGUGUCACUUUAUCCCGCGUUGUUAUUCACUCCUCGCAGCCUUGGCCGUAUCCGGCUAAUUUGAUGAUUGGUGCUAUUGCCCAGGUCAGUGACCCCGAGCAUGAAACAAUCUGUUUACAGCACGAUCCUGAGUUGGAGGAUGCGCGGUGGUUUGAGAUUGAGGAGGUGGAGGAGGCGCUGCGUAUUGGCGUAAGUGACUUGGGUUCUGAGGCUGGUCCGGAAUACAAGGGCGGGUUGCGGUUGCCGCCUCCUACGGCCAUUGCCAAUCAGUUGAUUCAGGCUGCUGUGAGCGCGGAAUAUUUUGCGGCAGAGAAGCAGUCUAAGAUAUAA